AUGGCGCCCACUUUAGAUCAAUUAAUCGUUAAAAGAACCACGAUCAAGUCAAAAUUUACACGAAUUCAAACUUUUGUUAAUUCAUUCAAUGCAAACUCUAAUAUUCAUUUAUUAAAAACGCGCGUAACAUUAGCCAAUCAAGCAUUUCAAGAAUACAACAGUAUACAGGAUGAAAUCGACUUGUUAUUAGAUAGAUCUGACAAGGCGCUUGUCGAAAAACAUUUAGAAUAUCGCGAAGAAAUCGAAAAUAAAUAUUGCGAAAUAAUAGCUACAAUAGAAUCAAAAACUGAAAGUCGCGACGACGCACAAACGUCUAAUUCAGGUAAUCACGCAACCUUUGCACAUCUUCCUCCAAUCGCACCCAUUAAUAUUAAACCAUUUUCGGGUUGUUAUAAAGAAUGGUUAACAUUCACUAACACGUUCAAGUCAAUUAUCGAAGACAAUUCUUACAAACUAACCGACUGUCAACGGUUCCAGCAUUUAAGAUCGUGUUUAGAAGGUGAAGCAAAAAGGUCAAUCGAACAGUUAGAGGCAUCCGACGAAAAUUAUCAAGAAGCGUGGAAAAUUCUCGAAAGCAGAUUUAAAAACACGCGACUAAUCGUACAGGAUCAUAUUUUAUCCAUAUUAAAACUACCUAGUUUGUCUAAAGCGUCACAUUAUGCAAUUCGCGAACUUUUAGAUACUAUAAUCAGAAAUGUCACAGCCUUAAAACAAUUAGAUAUUAAAAUAGACGAGUGGCACGCGCUAAUCGUCCCAAUCAUAAUCGAAAAAUUAGACUAUGUCACAAUUAGAGACUGGCAAGCUACGUUGGACAAAGAUGUUCCGACCUAUUCAUCGUUAAUCAUAUACUUAGAAAAACGGUAUAGAACGUUAGAAUCAAUCAGUUUAAUUAAUAAUAAAACGAACACGCCUCAAACUUCUAAUGCAAACCAAAAUAUUAACAAAAAACCAAGGGCGGUAGCUCAUGUAGUUACAAACAAAGACAAUUCGGGAAGCAUGAGUAAUUACAUCACUACAUCGCUAUGCAAAAAAUUAGGUUUAAAACAAAAUCCAAUACAUAUAAAUAUCGGCGGUAUCGGAAAAACCAAAUCUAACAUAAAAUAUUCGACGAACGUAGAAAUAAAAUCGCGUUAUGAGAAGUUUUCGGCAAACAUGAAUUGUUUAAUUUUGGAUCAAAUCACUGAAAAUCUGCCGUUAGCGCGAAUAGAUCCAAAACAUCUGGUUAUUCCAAACGAUAAACUAUUAGCAGAUCCUAUGUUUUACGAUCCUGGACCAAUUGAUAUCCUCAUUGGUGCCGGUCUGUUUUGGGAACUUUUGUGUCCAAACGAAAAUUCGCCCGCUGGCGAACUUAAAUUGCAGGCAACUCAGUUAGGUUUUAUUGUCGGAGGAUCCUUGAACGUUCCGCAUUCAGGUAAUCUAAAUACGUCAUCCGGCUUAAGCAUUACCCUAACAUCCGUCUUAGAAAAACAGGUAGAAAAAUUUUGGGAAUUAGAACAAUGCCGAACCGUCUGCACGAGGCUCACUGACGAAGAGCUUAAAUCUGAAAAUCAUUAUAAAUUAACAACGAAUAGGGCAGCUGAUGGCCGUUUUAUAGUUAAAUUACCAUUUGUUAAUAAUCCGCCAAUUCUUGAUUCAAAUCGCAAAAAUGCAUUAAGGCAAUUUUAUAAUCUUGAACGAAAACUUGUAAAAAAACCAGACCUCAAAGCUGAUUAUUCAAAAUUUAUGCGCGAAUAUAAACUAUUAAACCAUAUGGAAGAAGUUCCUCCUAAUGAAAUCGAAAAUCAAAGGGUCACAUAUUUGCCACAUCACGCGGUGUUCAAAGAAUCCACCUCGACCAAAUUGCGGGUAGUAUUUAACGCAUCAUCAAAAACCGAAAGCGGACUUUCCCUCAACGACAAUCUUUUAGCAGGUCCUACAAUACAAGACGAUCUUUUUGCAAUAUUAACACGGUUUCGAACUUUCAAAUACGUUUUAAGUGGCGACAUAACGAAAAUGUACCGCAUGAUACUAAUGCAUCCUGAGCAUACAGACUAUCAACGUAUUUUUUGGAGAGAUAACAUUCAGGAUGAAUUAAAGACUUUUCGGUUAACCACUUUAACGUACGGAACAAAACCGGCUAGUUUUAUUGCGAUCAGGUGCCUGCACGAAUUGGCCUUACAGUUCAAAUCCCAAUAUCCAGAGGCCGCGAAAAUCAUCCAAAGAGAUUUCUACGUCGAUGACCUUCUCACGGGACAUAAUUCGGUGGAGGAACUUAUCGUAAUUCGCGAUCAAAUUAUAGAAAUCUUAAAACAUGGAGGAUUUUCGCUACGGAAAUGGGCCUCCAAUCAUUCUGAGCUAAUUCCUGACACACUUAGUCAUGAACAAAAUUUAAACAUCCGAUUGGACAAAGGCGAAUACACAAAACCUUUAGGAUUGUUGUGGAAUCCUUAUCACGACAUUUUAAAUUAUUCAGUCAGGGAUUUUGAAUAUAAUGUUUCAAAUCAAAUAACAAAACGUGAAAUUUUAUCGAAAACCGCACAAAUAUUCGACCCUUUAGGUUUAAUUGCCCCAGUCAUUGUUACGGCAAAAAUAGUGAUCCAAAGGCUCUGGAUGUUAAAAAUCGGUUGGGACGAGCCUGUUCCCGAAACUAUACAACAAACAUGGCAAAAUCUUUUAAGAACUUUCGGUAGUUUAAAUCAAAUUAACAUUCCACGCAAUAUAAUUCAGAUUAACCGUAUUGCAAUCGAAAUGCAUGGCUUUGGAGAUGCGUCCCAAGUCGCAUACGGGGCAGCGGUUUAUCUCAGGGUUACGGAUUCAUCCGAAAACAGUCAAACUCAUUUAAUAGCAGCCAAAAGCAGAAUCGCACCACUUAAAACAAUCACGUUACCACGACUUGAACUCUCAGCAGCGUUGUUAUUAACUCGCCUAAUGAACGUUGUUUCGCAAGCUUUACAUAUGGAAAUAAAUCGAAAAUAUUUCUGGUCCGACUCCACUAUUGUCUUAGCGUGGAUUAAGGGAACUCCAGCGUCCUACCAAACAUUUGUAGGGAAUCGCAUCUCCGAAAUACAAACACUUAGCCCUAAAGACGGUUGGUAUCACGUCAAAAGUGAAGACAACCCCGCCGAUAUAAUUAGUCGAGGUUGUACACCGGAGAACUUAAAAAAUAACUCCUUAUGGUGGCACGGGCCACACUGGUUAAAUCAAAACUAUUCCGAAUGGCCAAUACAAAAUAUCAAUUUAGAAACCAUAGAAACCCCAGAACGACGUACAAUUUCGUUAUUAUCAUCCGAAACACCAACAGUAGAGCUGCCAAUUUUAACCAAAUUUUCAUCCUAUAAAAAAACAGAAAGAGUGGUCUCAUGGGUACUAAGAUUCAUCAAUAAUUGCAAAAAUCCAAAUUCUAAAAACUUGGCUAACCAUUUAUUAACAGAAGAACUUCAAAAUUCAAAAUUCACUAUCGCACGUCAGUUACAAAAAACAGCUUUUCAAAAUGAAUAUAAUUGUCUUCAACAAAACCAAGCGAUCGACAAAAAAUCACGAUUGCUAAGUCUAAACAUAUUUUUCGAUGAAACAAACCAAUUAAUUCGCGUAGGAGGGCGACUUAAAAAAUCGUCACUAUCUUAUGACAUAAAACAUCCGAUUUUAUUACCUAAAGGUCAUCACAUCACAAAAACUUUGGUUCAGUACGAACAUGAAAAACAAUUGCACGCAGGACUUCAAGGUACAUUAGCUUCUAUUAGACAAAUAUUUUGGAUACCUGCUGCUAGAACCGUUGUCAGAGGUGUGUUACACAAAUGUUUUAAUUGUUUUCGAACAAACCCAAAACCUUUAUUCCCACCAAUGGGUGACUUGCCUAAAUCAAGACUUGAACCUACGCGUCCCUUUUUAGUCAGUGGCGUAGAUUACGCCGGACCUCUGCUAAUUAAGGAAUGUCGUGGUCGUAGCAAGCGUCAUGUCAAGGCGUACAUUUGCCUAUUCGUAUGUUUUUCAACCAAAGCGAUCCAUUUGGAACUUGUAAACGAUCUGACAACCGAAUCAUUUUUAGCAGCCUUUAAUCGACUAGUGGCCAGGCGUGGUCACGUAUAUCAUAUGUAUUCGGACAAUGCUACGAACUUUGUAGGUGCUCGAAAUAAAUUGAAUGAACUAACAGAAUUUUUGAAAUCGCAAUCUUUCAGAAAUGUCAUUCAGAAUCUUGCAAAUAAAGGAAUAAAAUGGCAUUUUAUUCCUCCAAAAUCACCACACAUGGGCGGCCUUUGGGAAGGCAACAUAAAAUCUGUUAAAAAUCAUAUCAAACGUUCAUUGAAUUCAAUGGUUUUAACUUAUGAAGAGCUGUACACCUUUUUAACUCGUGUUGAAGCGAUUUUGAACUCCCGACCAAUUACUCCCCUGAGUAACGACCCCAAUGACCUUCAACCUCUAACCCCUGGUCACUUCCUAAUUGGCGAACCACUCACAGCCAUUGAUGAGCAGGACAUCACGCCACUCAAAGUUAAUCGUUUAUCACAGUGGCAAAAAAUCGAGCGCCUUCGUCAGGACUUUUGGCAUCGCUGGAAAAAAGAGUACCUAACUCAGUACUCCCUUCGAAAUCAAAAAUUCGCUACGCAGCCUGAUGCAAUCGCCGUCAACACCAUGGUCAUCCUGGUUGAAGAAAACACCCCGCCGUUGCAGUGGAGAUUGGGCCGAAUCCUGGACGUCCACCCUGGUACCGACGGCGUCGUUCGCGUGGUGUCCAUAAAAACCAGUGCCGGUGUUGUGAAAAGAGCAGGUGCGCCCCAAAUCAGCGGGCAACGUAGCGGAGUGCAUUUUAGUUUAAGCUAA